AUGGGUUUGGGAGAUGCGGAUCUUCUCGACGAUGGCGACGGAGGCGGUUGCAAAGCGUUGUUGUCGGCGGCGGUUUCGUGCUCCAUUUGCUUGGAGGUGGUGGCCGACAGCGGGGAGAGAUCUCGGGCGAAGCUUCAAUGCGGGCACGAAUUCCACCUCGAUUGCAUAGGUUCAGCAUUCAAUAUUAAGGGAGCCAUGCAGUGCCCGAAUUGUCGGAAAAUUGAGAAAGGCCAGUGGCUAUAUGCAAAUGGUAGCCGUCCACUACCUGAGUUUAGCUUUGAGGAUUGGGCCCAUGAUGAGGAUCUAUAUGAUUUAAGUUAUUCUGAGAUGUCAUUUGGACUUCAUUGGUGUCCGUUCGCAAGGGUCCCUACAUCAUUCGGUCUCUUUCGUAAUAUGCAGCAUUUUUUUUUCUCCAUAGAUCAUGAUCUUCUUGGGCCACAUGCUGUCUUUGCUGAACAUACGCCCGUCUCAUCCACAUCCCAUCCCUGCCCUUAUGUAACAUAUUUUGGGCCGAGUGGGAGUGUUUCAGAUGGAUCCAGUUUUAACAACCACUGGAAUGGCCCAUCGGGCCCAACUGAUGGUCCCAGCCCAUAUGCUUUCCAGUCUAUGGAUUUACAUUAUCAAAACUGGGACCAGACUUCAGCUUUCACCACAAACACUCGGAUUGCUAGGAACAGCUCUGAUAUCCAGAGAGCUGGAAUGCAUCCCUUCAUUGUUGGUCACAGUUCUGCAAGUCGAGCGCCGAGCUCCAUCACCUCAUCAGUGCUUCCGACUUACCCCGGGGGCGCAAUCACACGCCCCCGCGACCGCCCCUCGAACCUUCAAUCAUACUUUCAGCAAUCCACUGGUAACCCAGUGGGCCGGGCCCCCGCCAUAUCCACUGCCCGAAGAUCGAGCGGCCAGAGGAUUAUACCCCAGUUGGGCCCAAUCUCCGCAUCAUCACCCGUUGAUCAGCCCAACGGGUUUUACCUACUGUCAUCAAGUGCAUCCUCCGGGAGCCGAACAUUCCAAGAAGCCGAAAACCCUAAUCGGGACCCUUUCCACCAUUGGGAAAGGGAACACAAUCAGGCACUGUUCCCUUUGGGCCAGCCAGACCGCGACUCGAUAUGGGGCCCGUUACGUGGGCCCGACAGUGGACUCAGACCGAGCAGUUUCCGCCACAGGCAUGGGUCGGAUAGGUUGCCAUCUCAAAAUCGGUCAUAA